AUGGAGCCGUUCAUGGUGAGCUACCUCGUCCCCCCGCCGACCACCACGACCUACGCGCCCUACAUGACACCCGACGGCACGUAAGUGGGACGAUGGAUGCGGAAAGGGAUGAUGGAUCGAUGGGCCGAGCAAUGAUGGAUGGAUCUCUGUCUGGAUACAGGAUUGUGCCCAAGGCCACUGUCCUUCAGAGGACCUACCUGGGCGACGUUAAGGUGCGCGUCCUUUCGCCCCGACUGGUUCGUUACGACAAUUACACGACUGCCGACUACGAGUAAGGCGAUGGACAAGAGGAUGAUGGGCACACAAACUGAUGAAUGGAUGGAUGGGUCAUUGCUGGUGUGGUUGAUCUGUGUGUGUGAGUGCAGCGAGUUCGACAAGGUGGUCGUACACGAGUCGUUCCGGCUCGGCUGCAGAACGGUGCGGUCAUGGUACACCGGCCGGACCUGGACCUUCACCGUCCCCAAGCCACCCACCACCGUCACCCCCACAUCGCCACCCUGCGCCAUCCCCGCCCCCGUCAUAGAGGCCGUCAAGCGCGGCACCGCGGACAGCAAGGAGGCCAAGCCAGGCCCCCCCGCUGUCGGCCCGUCUGCCUCGACUCUCUUUGAGUCGGGGCAGACGGACAUGCCCGAGAGCCCAGCCAGCGGCUCACGCCGCCCCAGCGUCAGCGGCCCAGGAUCGCCCGUGGCGCCCCGGCGCGCCAGUCAGCCGCAGCUGCCGCCCGUCCCGGAGCAGGCUCUCGCGGUGCCGUCGGCGGCCAUCACGCCCCCCCAGCAGCAGCCAGAGGGAGAGGGAGAGCGAGAGGGCGCGGGAGCGGGGGCGAGCGAUGGUGAAGGAGAGGCCGAGGCGGCGGCUGGGGGCGAGGCGGCGGCUGCGACGUGUGAGCCUCAGGCUGCCCGUCCGUCACGCUGGGAGGCCGUGAGCGACAACCCGCUGGACGGCUGGUGGUUCAGGGUGGUUGGGGACUGGGAGAUCUACGUCCCCCACCCCCUGCCACCUGUCCUCUACGUGGCGGCCAAUUACCUGUUUGCGGCACUCCUGGCACCCUUCCUCCUGUGGUAAGCAAAGCAAGCCGCACACAGACAGACAGACGUACAGCACACUGUGGGCGGACGCACCUGUUGUGUGUAUGUUCGUUCUCUGUGGUGUCUGUCUGUUGUGUGUGGCUGUGCAGAGGGGAGGGGAGGUGCAAGUGGACCAGACUCCUCUCUCUACCUCUCUCCCCCCCUCCCUGUCCGUCGUCUGUUGGCUGGCUGGUCGCUGCCUGUGGUGCUAUGUGUGUUUGUGGGUCGAUUGGUUGCGCUGCUGAGCCUGGAUGGAUGGAUGGAUGGAUUUGCUACACGUACGCAGCUGUGCACCAGUUGUGAUGCCACGCUCACCUAG